GUUUCCACAAACAAAUUGCAAGACAUUUGUGGAUUUUAAUUUUGUUUGCUUUUAUUUACCAUUACCAAACACAAAAGCGUGAUUUAUAUCCCGUUGACGCGCCUAACUACUUAUUAAACAUUAAAAACACCUCAGAUAGCAGUCUGGGUACCCCUAUGCUGUAUAAUGGACUCUUCCGCGGUGGCCCAUCGUAUGGUCUUCUAGAGCAAAGCUGGUUCGCCUUUUCAAACAAAAAGAAGAGACUGAAGUGGCAUAUUGGGAACGGAUAACCAUUAAAGCGCUGUGAUAUUUAAUCACACGACAGAAGCCGAGCCUUUAUUUGCGAUCUUUGAAGGUUUUUGGUACGCGAUUCCUGUCAACGCUACCUUUAAUAAUGUAAUGGUAUUGUCAGUGUUGUCUUAACACGGACCCCCGUGUGCCGACUGGUGUUGCUGGGCCUAGCGAUACACAUUUACUUCUAUUUUUAAAUUAUAAAUACAUGUUAUUAUUCGUACUAGCCUACUAAUAAUACGAAAUUAACUAUAAGCGACAGUGGAAAUGGACCUGCAUUUUUAUUCCGGUUUCUCAGACGCCUCGAUUCAAUCAAAUGAACAGCAAUUCUUGGAUAAUUCACAAAACUACAACAGUUACAGCACCAUCAACAAGUUUCCUGGAGGGAAUGAUCACUAUCUCACCAUCAGUGGAGCUGGACACCCCUUCCUCUCGUCAGCAGAGACCUUCCAGACCUUCCACACCCCGAGCCUGGGGGAUGAGGAAUUCGAGAUCCCCCCCAUCUCGCUGGACCCCGACCCCUCCCUGGCGGUCUCCGAUGUGGUGGGGCACUUCGACGGGCUGCAGGACCCUGCCCUGACAGCAGGGGGCAGCGCUGGGGCCGACCCUGUGGGGUACAGCACCCCCUUCACCUCCCAGGGGCUCGAGCAUCUCAACAUCGGGGGCAGAGGGGGGGAGCUGAUGGGGGCCACGCUCAAUAUGGACAUGUCUCACUCGCUGGGCUCCCAGUACACCUCCAGUUCUUCCAUGACCAUCAACGUGCCUCUGUCAGACCUCAACCACCACAGCCUGAUGGGCCAUAGGCAGCUGACCACCAUCGACCAAUCGGAGCUGACCUCGCAGCUGGGCCUGAGCCUGGGGGGAGGGACCAUCAUGCCCCGCCCACAGUCCCCGGAAGAGCUGCUGUCGGACACGCCGUCCCCCUCCAGCUCCCUGCACGAGGAGGAGGCUGAGGAGUUCAAGAGGCUAUCGGAGAAGCGCAUUGUAGUGGAGUCUCCCGUCACCAUGUCCCCUGGGCUGGUGGGAGUGAGUGUGGGGGGAGGGGGCAGCGUGGUGGUCCGCAAGACGAAGCCCCCCAAGAAGACUACGAAGAAGAAGAAGGAUCCGAACGAGCCUCAGAAGCCGGUGUCGGCCUACGCGCUGUUUUUCAGAGACACGCAGGCUGCCAUCAAGGGGCAGAACCCCAGCGCCACCUUCGGGGAGGUCAGCAAGAUCGUGGCCUCCAUGUGGGACAGCCUGGGAGAGGAGCAGAAACAGGUUUACAAAAGGAAGACUGAAGCUGCCAAGAAGGAGUACCUGAAAGCACUGGCAGCCUACCGGGCCAAUCAGGUCUCUCAGACUGUGAUGGAAGUCAUGGAUACAGAGCCUCCCUCAACCCCUCCACCACCUCCCACUCCCCCAGCUGCCCCCAAACCCACUCGCCCACACACCCCCUCCCCCAGCGCCAACACCAACACCAUAACCAACAUCUGCACCUCCAACAUCAUCCUGAACCACCCGCAGGUCAUCACCCGGUCCAGAACGGGGGCUAUUGUGCCCCCGCACCCACCCCUCUCCUCCCAGAGCAGCCCCAGCCAGCACACUCACACCGUCACCAAGAUCAUCAUCUCCAAACAGAUGCUGGCGUCCGGCUUGCACCACCAGCAAAUCCCAACCUCCAUGGUGACGGUCAUCCCGUCCUCCAGGGGGCUCCAAAUCCAGCAGGCUGCCCCCACUGCCACCCCCACCUCCAGCCCUCGCCCUUUUCUCAGCCAGCCUCCUCCUCUCCAGCAAAUGCAGCAGCCCCCACCCCCCCGCCUGCAGCAGAUGGUGCAUACCUCCCAGCAGCUGCCUCCGCCCCCUUUGCAAGCCAAACCCAGAGGGGCGGGACUAACCAUCACCACAGCUCCGCCCCCUCGCCUGCAGAUCAAGAUACUCCCCGCCCUUGCUCCGGUCUCCUCCUCCUCCCCUCUGCAGAUUCAGGCUCAGCCUGUUGCUACUGUGGUCCCGAGCCCGACCACUCCUCCUGUCCUUGUCAGCCCCUCUCCUCCCCCCCCCGCUCUCAUAGUUGGUGCAGUCUCUGCUUCCACCGCUCCCUCCUCCCCCACUGCCUGUUUGGAAGUGGCGCAGUCCGUUGGGGGUCCCCUGGUUUCUGCUGUUUCCGCCUCCUCCUCUCCUCUGCUUGGGGCUCGAGUGCAGGAAGAGGCUGAGGACUUCAAUGCUGGAGAGAUGGAGGUGGAGCUGGUGAGUGGCUCGCCUCCCCAUCCCAGUCGCUGUGUGCGCGCAGGCUGCACCAACACCCCUGUGGAGAGCCAGGGCUGGGACCACGAGUACUGCAGCAACCAGUGCGUGGCUGACCACUGCAGGGAUAUCUUCAUUGCUUGGUGUUCGAUCCGAGGACACAACACGACGGCGACUGUGAAAUAAAAACACACUGGACUGAGGAGCAGAAACAAGCAGCUACAGAAACACACUGGACUGAGGAGCAGAAACAAGCAGCUACAGAAACACACUGGACUGAGGAGCAGAAACAAGCAGCUACAGAAACACACUGGACUGAGGAGCAGAAACAAGCAGCUACAGAAACACACUGGACUGAGGAGCAGAACCAAGCAGC